AUGCAUUGGGGAAUACUAUUUCUGAUUGGCGUCACUGUGGCACUGCCAGAGCAAACGCAGCCACAACAACAAAAGCCGCAGCCAGUAGUACCACAGGCCCAGGCUCCACUGGGCAACGUGGAGAAAUCAUUCCAGCUCGAGAACCCGGCCUACGAUCCAACGCUCUACCAAAAGUUCCUGCCACAGGAUGCGGUCCAGCAGUACGUCCACUCGUACACCGGGCAACCGUAUCCGGCCACCAUCUACGGCGGAGCACCGUUCGAUCCGACCGCAACCGCCUUUGCCGCCAUUCCGACCGGUGGCUUCGAGGGCUUCCUAAUUCCGGCUCCGAUCGAGAAGGAGCAACCAUCGCUGCUGACAUCACUGCGCACCCUACUCCCGAGCGCACGAUCACUGGUCACAUUUGUCGGACGUCUGGCCUCGGUACUGAUCGGUUCCAUCGGUGUGCUACUGUUCGGUGCGAUCCUCACCUCGCUGACCUGUUUCUUCACACCGUUCUGUACGCUCUCGUUCCGUAAUGCCAAGAUCCUGACCGGAGCGCAGGAUGUGGCGGAAGAUAUUGUGCAGACGGUCGGUGAUCAGGUGACGGCAGAUCGGGUGAAGCGGGCGGCCGAGUUCCUCUACACGGCGAUCGACAAGUUCCAGCGGCUAAACAACAUUGUCAAGGAGGCUACCGAGCGGAAGGCACCUGCCAGGGCCACGACCAAUUCCCAGAGUUGGCCCGGUGCCAGCGGCUUCCGUCCAACUCAUUGA